GAGAGUUUCUGAGGUGUUUGGGUCCAAUUACAAGAACUUCAGUUUGUCUGAAGGUAACUGUUAUUUAAAGGUUGCUUAAAUGUUAUUUAGGGGUUUGUGUAAAUCAUCCUGACCAGCAGGAGGCGGAAGUGAGAGACAGUAACACACACACACGUGCACGCGCAGUGUGACACGCCGCGCGCGUUAACACGAAAAUUAAAUUAAAGUGUUUUUGAAUAAAUUUGAUUUUAUUCAUCAAACUGUUUAAAUACAGAACGAGACACCCGGACCCUGGUGGACCCCCCACCGCCCAGCUGCCUCCUCCUCCGCACACCUGUUGAGUGUCUCCCCGGAGGAGCACAGGUGACCGGACAGACGGUCAGUCCGCUCUGCCCUCCUCUCGGUGGGAGGGGACCGGACCGGUGAGUCGGGAAGAUCAGACCCGGCAGACGGUGUGUUCUCGGCGGGCAGGAUGCCAUGCGGAUGCGGGUUACUCCGCUGAUUAGCACCGCGGCAGGCCGGGGAGGAGAGCUGGGCAGGCGGCAGACCGGAGGACUUUCUGCGGACCUUCUCCCUCUCGGAGCCCGGAGCAGCGUGCAGCCGCUCUCCGCGUCCCCACGGCCGCAUCUCUGUCGUCGGCUGGCCGUCCGGUCCCCGGGCCCGGUCCAGCAUCUGGACCCGGACCAGGUUAAAGUCAGGAGGGUAGAUUCAGAGAGAGGAGCCAGUGCGUGUUUAAACAGUGCCUGGAUGUUUGUGUAAAUGAAAUAAAGCUCAGUGCUCCUGCUCGCUCCGCGGGCUUGGCUGCUGCUGGAGCCGCUGUCUCUGGUUUCAUCCUCCGCCUUUGUGCUCAUGUUUUCCCCCGGAGUUCCUCCCCCUGCGGCGCUGGGCGGAGUUUCAUACCGGACUAGACGCUCCUUUUGUCGGAUUCGAUUCGACCUGACUCCCCGGGGUUUACGGCUGAAAAAAACACACUUUGAAAGUCCCGAAAUUACCCAAACGACCACGGCGGUGUGCGGUGUUGACCCGGGUGUCUGUCCGAACCUGCAGGUAAGCGGCUGGCCGUGAUUUUAAACAGAUUUCUGCGGUUUUCUGGCCGUUUGUCCCCGAGUCACCAGAACAUUCAUGGCGGCUUCGCAGUGAAGCUUCUGGGGCAGCAGCGAGUCCGCAGCCGCUCGAUCGGCUCCGUUACCGGAGAAACGGCGCCGACGGAACGUUUAAAUUAACGAUCACUGAUAAUUAAAGACUAAUUAACACUUUGAUCGUUACCGCGGUCACCUCAUGCAGCGGGCAUGGAGCACGUGUCGAACCGAGCCGUCGGUUCGGGUUUAAACCGUGUUCGUGUUUUUCCGUGUGUGUUUUUAUUUAAAAUCCGUUUUCCACGUUUCACCUGGGAAGGUGAGCUCAGCAGCUCCGCGUGCCAGCGGAAGCUGCGUGCUGACUCCUGCCGGAGGACGGACGCCAUUACCGGGGCAGCUGCAGCCUGGCGGCCCGGAUAACAGCGCUGAUGUCCGGACACUCUCUGCUCCAAACCCCGCUUAGAAAAACACAACACAGCGGCACGUCUGCCGUGAAGAACCGAGCCAGAACCGCCGCGACCCGGUCAGACGUGUCGGUGGUUCCGGCCCGUAAACAGUCUGAAUCCGAACAAACUGUUGAUUUACGGAGCUGCUCUCUACCGCCCCCCGGGUCCACGCCGGGACACGCAGGAGGAGGGAAGGGGCGGAGUCUUCUCCGUCAGGAUGAACGGCAGCAGCGUCUCCAGAGGACAGAGUGCAAGGAUCAAGAGCGAGCCAGAUGAGUGGUCUAAGGAGGACUGUCUCACGCUCCUGGAGAGGAUUCGCAGUCUGCUGCCUGACGGAGAUGCGAUGAAGUACAAGACGACAGAGUCUCACUUCGACUGGGAAAAAGUUUGUUUUGGAAACUUCAGCGCAGAAAUGUGUCGACAGAAAUGGCACCGCGUGUCCUCAGAGGUCAGGAAGUACCGGACAAUGACGGAACUCAUCGUAGACGCAGUGGAGUUUGUCAAGAAUCCGUACAAAGGAAAGAAACUGAAGACUCACCCAGACUUCCCGAAGAAGCCUCUGACUCCGUAUUUUCGCUUCUUCAUGGAGAAACGAGCCAAAUACGCCAAAAUCCACCCUGAGAUGAGCAACCUGGACCUGACCAAGAUCCUGUCCAAGAAGUACAAGGAGCUGCCCGACAAGAAGAAGCAAAAAUACAUCACCGAGUUCCAACGAGAGAAAGAAGAGUUUGAGAAGAACAUGGCCCGAUUCAAGGAGGAGCAUCCCGAGCUCAUCGAGGAGAGGAAGAAGUCCGACCUGCCCGAGAAACCCAAAACUCCUCAACAGCUGUGGUACAACCACGAGAAGAAGGCCUACAUGAAGCUCCACCCAGAGGUGAGUCAGAAGGAGCUGAAGGAGGCUCUGAGGAGACAGUGGUCCCAACUGUCUGACAAGAGGAGACUCAAGUGGAUCAGCAAGGCCCUGGAGCUCCAGAAGGACUAUGAGGGCAGUAUGAGGGCGUAUCAUGAAGCUCACCCUGACGUGAACUCUGACGAACACGUUCGCUCUGUCCUCACCAAAGCAGAGCGACAGCUGAAGGACAAGUUUGACGGACGACCGACCAAACCGCCACCUAACGGGUACUCUCUGUACUGCGCGGAGCUGAUGGUGAACAUGAAGGACGUCCCGAGCACGGAGCGGAUGGUGCUCUGCAGUAAACAGUGGAAGAUGAUGACGCAGAAGGAGAAGGACAUGUUCCAGAAACGCUGCGAGCAGAGGAAGAAGCAGUACGACGUCGACCUGCAGCGCUUCCUGGAGAGUCUCCCGGAGGAGGAGCGAGACCGGGUCAUGACGGAGGAGAAGCUGGGCGGGGCCAAACUGGGCGUGGCCUCCAGCCCACACAGAGCCAAGUCCCCGUCAGUUAAGGAGCGCUGUCGGGAGGCGGAGCCUGAGCCGUGGGUACCUGCCGGACCACCACCGAAGGAGCGACGGGACGGGAAGAAGACGGCGAAGCUUCCCGAGACGCCGAAAACAGCCGAGGAGAUGUGGCAGCACAGCGUGAUCGGAGACUACCUGGCUAAAUACAGAAGUGACCGCAGGAAGGCCCAGACCGGGAUGGAGGCGGCCUGGAAGUCAAUGGAGAAGAAGGAGAAAAUCCCCUGGAUCAAGAAGGCGGCGGAGGACCAGAAACGUUACGAGAGGGAGCUGUUGGAGAUGAGGACUCCUCCGGCGGGUCAGAGUCAGAGGAAGCCAAAGUUUGACGGAGAACCAAAGAAACCGCCAGUGAGCGGGUAUCAGAUGUUCUCCCAGGAGCUGCUGACCAAUGGCGAGCUGAACCACUUCAGCCUGAAGGAGCGGAUGGUGGAGAUCGGGAAGAGGUGGCACAAGCUGAGCCAGACGCAGAAGGACAAGUACAAGAAGCAGGUGGAGGAGCAGCAGGUGGAGUACAAGGCGGAGCUGGAGGCCUGGAUCAAGUCUUUGUCUCCUCAGGAUCGAGCGGUCUACAAAGAGUUUUCCACCUCGAAACGUCGCAGCACCACUAAAGUUCGCAGCAGCCCUGGAGCUAAAGUCCGCGUGACGGCGAAAGGGAAGGCGGUGAGUUCGAGAGCUGCAGCACAGACGGUCGGGGUGGCCAAGCGGGCGAUGGCGUACAGAGCCAAGCAGGACAUGUCUGACUCAGAUGAGGAAGAGGAGAAGAGCGACUCGUCAGACUCUGAUGAAGACGACGAGACGUCUGGAUCAACGGACAGCGAGGACGACGAGAACGAUGACGAUGACGAGGACGAUGAAGAUCAGAGCUCCUCCGAGGAAUCCAGUGACUCGGACUCGGACUAGCUCCGCCCCCCUCCACCUCAUUGGAGAGGACAGGCUGUGCAGGCCACGCCUCCUCACAUGCUAAUCAUCCCAGCGGACCAAUGAGAAGUGGUGACAUCAUACUGCGGUCGCGCUGGCCCCUCCCACCUCCCCUCUGAAAGGGGCGGAGCCUGGCGGAGUGUUUUGUUACGUGUGUUUCUGUUUUUUAUCGAGUGUUUGUUGGUUUUUAUCAGACAGACGGUUCAGACGGGUGGAGUUGUUUUUAAUUUUGUGGAGCCAUGAUGGGGGCGGGGUUUGUACAGACAGGCAGGGGAGGGGCGGAGCCUAUUGUUUGUUAGUUACCGCUGAGGGAGGAGCCAGUGUUUAUCCUCCAAUCAGCCGCCUGCCUGAGAAAAUUAUUAACAAAUAAAUGCACUUUUUCUCA